AUGGACAAUGAUGCCUACCAGAACUUUUACAUUUCUUUCCCGGGCCCUUCCAGUGAAAAUAACCCAUCCCAACUUUCCGGAGUAUCCUUUGUAACGCAAUACCCAAGCCCAGUUGCAUCUGAAUCAACAAAUAGUCAGCAUGCAGAAAAUUCUAAUGAAGUAGUCGGCCAUCUAGAUCAGGCCGAUAACAACACCGUCGUAUCUCUAUCAACCUGUUUCUACCCAAAAGGCGAUCCAGAGACGGAUACGGUCUUUAUGUCGUCAGAUAACGUGUACUUUUACGCCAAUUAUAAGACCAUUGUCGAGGCGGAACCAAACGCUUUCCUCCCUUGCAUCGUUGCACCUCUGUCUGACCAACGAUAUCGCUCGAGUGUCAUAUAUCUUGACGCCCCAAGCCCCGAACUUAACGUUAUCCUCCAUGCGCUAUAUAAAACGUCGCCUGCGACCAAUUCGCCAACUUUUGAGGUGCUCGUCCGUGCAAUCGACCGUAUGCCCCGCUAUGGAUUAUUGGCCGAGACCCUCAUUGCAUCUGGGACUCCCAUCUACGAGUUGCUCCUUUCGCAUGCCCCAUUAUAUCCUCUCGACGCAUACGCACUCGCUGCACAUCAUGGAAUCGCAGCUCUGGCGUCCACCGUGUCAACGCACCUUCUUUCUCACGAUAUGAGAACGAUAUCAGACGAUAUGGCUGAGCGAAUUGGGCCAAUUUAUUUGAAGCGACUGUUGCUACUGCACACCAACCGAUUCAGAGCAUUGAAGGACAUCUUGUUGCGUGCCCCGAUACCGCAUCCGGAAACGCCAGAAUGUAGCUUUACUGCGCAGAAGAAAGUAACGCGUGCAUGGGCACUGGUAUCGGCUUACCUGGUAUGGGAUGUCAAGCCUGAUACAUCUACCCAUACCUUGUCGCAAUCGCUAAAUCCUCUUCUCGACCAUGUCACAUGCAAAGAGUGCGAAAAGAUACUCAAGGACAAGAUUAAAGAAGUCAUGGUUAGGUGGACCGCUGUCAAAGUAGGCAAUUGA